UCAUAGUUGAUAGGGCUCUCUACGAACCCUGUGGUCCAUAGAUUGAGUCAGUCUUAGGUUGGGUCAGUCAGGGGAGAGUCUAAGUGGUGAGGAGCGGAACUGUCACUUGGUUGUGCACUUUUCACCAUGGUUGACACGCGUAGUGGUCGGAGCACCUCCCCUUACACCGCCGAAGAGGAGGCGAAAGCCACCGCCCUCCUGAAGGAUAGAAGAGAGAAGGAGGCGAAGAAGAAGGCCCUGAUGCAGGAACAGGCGGCCAAGUUGAAGAAGAUUGAGGAGGAGAUGGCCGGAGAGAGAGAGAGGUUGAAGAAAGAAGACGAGGAGAAGCUUAAAGUGGUAGAAGAGGAGGAAGAGGUAGAAGAACAGCCACUGGAAAGGGACUUUGCACGGGAAUUGGCAACACAGGUGGGCUCAGAAGUGAGGGCCCGCCUAGAAGGCACAGAGCGAUAUUGCACAGGCGCCAUAGAGGGCGCCAGACUGACCGCUCCCAAAGGGGAGGAAGCACGUCCCCGUGGGGAGCUUGUCAAUGUCAAAUUUCCCGAUUUCUACAGCGGAAAGAAGGAAGAAAACUUUGACAAUUGGGAAGCAAACGUCAAAACGUACGUGCACUUACACAAAGUUUCCCCAGAUGAGCAGGUCUUAAUAACCAUCCACGCUCUGAAGGAGGAAGCCGCCAGUUUUGCCCGUUCCCUGCUCCGCGCUGCUAAUUGUAGUGAUGAUGUAGUUGCUUAUUCUGCCUUCAGCCCCCUCGUUGACUUUCUUAAGUUAUUCCGCGAACGAUUUCCAGACGUUUCGCGCAAUGUCAAAGCCUCCGAUAGGUUGCAGACUAUCCAUUCUCGUCAGUGGAAGAGUGCCAAGGCACUCAAAGGUGUGAUGGAUGAGUUCGUAGCUGUUCCAGACCAUGGGGUCACAGAGACCCAAUUGGUCAACCUCUUCCACCGGGCUAUGCCCGAACAGUUGCGUUGGCACUUCUUUGAGAAGAGCCAGCAGCCCACCAUGACAUAUGACGCAUUGAGCAGGGAAGUAGUGGCAUUUGAAGCGAGGUCCAUGUCAGUUUCCACUUUCUGGCACAAGGACGUGAACAAGGGGAAAAAGUGGAAGGGUCGCACUAUCUCCGGACAAGUUACGACCAAGGAUCACUUGAUCCUUACAUUAGAUGAGGGUAGUGUUGACGAAGUCCCCUACGAGCAGAUUGAGUGGGGGCUAGAGGAGAGGAGGAGGACAGUGGUGUGAGCCAGGGGAGGACUUACGCUGCUGUCGCGGUUGGAGGGAGGCUGCAAGGAGGAGGUAGAGGCCAGGGCCAAGGGGGCCGGACCUCAGGUGGUCGUACCCAGGGUGUUCAAGGGGUUGGCGGCAGAGGCAACCGCCAAGAGGGAGGCAGGGGUCAAGGUCCCCCGCAAAACCGCUCAGGGAAUCGGUCACCCAAUAG